ACUAUGUACCGUAAAGAAGAAGGAAAGCCCCGAAAUCAGUCAGGCCUACACGAUAGUAUUUCGAUGGUUUCACGAUUUGCUGUAACUGAGGGUAGGGGGAGUGAAUUAAUCGGUUUUCAACCUUUCGAUAGGCAGGGUAAUAGGCCUGUAAGUUUUCUUAGGGGUCUCUUAGAGAGUCCUCUCUAUGUUAAUUCACUCUAUGCCCCUAGUUCCAUAGCGCCGUCAAAGGACCCCUGGCAAGAGCCACGAGUAGUUCCGGCCAUUCUCUAUAGCGGGGCAGCGGAGCUUCCUUUCCCAUAA